GUGCAAGCUUUUCUGAAGAGGGGGCGGAGCCACGGGAGUUCUGAAGUCCAUUGGAUUCAGUUUGUUUGGAAGGAAGCAGCAUCUGUGCGGCCUGAGCUUCCCCUGCAGACAUGGAUGUUGGAUCCUCAGACGUGCAGGCGGAGCUGGACUCGGUGGAGGAAGAGCUGCAGCUGCUAGAGGUCCAGAUCUCUGAGCUCCUGGAGAAGCAGGCCGAGCUGACGUCUCGGAAGGAGGAGCUGCUGCAGCGACUGGAGGGCGCCUGUGAGGCAGCGCAGUGCUCCUCCUCCUCCUCCUCCUCAGCUUCCUCAAAGUCUGAGCCGGGGAUGAGCCAGCAGGAGAUGCAGCGGUACGAUGAAGCAGAGUUCCCUUGGUCUGCAGCGGUGGAGGAACACCUGAGGACGUCCUUCCACCUGUCUGCCUUCAGGCCGCUGCAGCUCAGAGCUAUCAACCUGACCAUGGAGGGCCGGGAUGUCUUCCUGGUGAUGCCCACAGGCCGGGGCAAAAGCCUGUGCUACCAGCUGCCUGCAGUCUGCUCUGAGGGGUUCACGCUGGUCGUCACGCCGCUGGUGUCUCUGAUGGAGGACCAGCUGCUGCUACUGCGCUCGCUGCAAGUGCCGGCGGCCGCUCUGAACGCCUCCAGCGGAAAGGAGCACACAAAAACGGUUCUGGCCGCACUGACGGACCCGAAGGCCCCCUUCAAGCUGGUCUACGUGACUCCGGAGAAGAUCGCCAAAAGCAAACUGCUGAUGUCCCGUUUGGAGAAGGCGUACAAGGCCAAGCUGCUCAGUCGCAUGGCGGUGGACGAGGUGCACUGCUGCAGCCAGUGGGGGCACGACUUCAGACCAGAUUAUAAACUGCUGGGCAUCCUGAAGAGACAGUUUCCCACAAUCCCUCUGCUCGGCCUCACGGCCACAGCUACCAGCAGCGUCCUGCAGGACUGCCGCAAAAUCCUGUGUGUGCCGAAGCCGGUCACCCUGACCGCCUCCUUCAACCGGGCCAACCUCUACUAUGAGGUUCGUGUCAAAGACUCGGAUGGAGACUCGUCUCUGAGCGACAUCUCCUCUCUGAUCAAGAACAGAUACGAGGAGCAGUCAGGGAUUGUGUACGUCUUCUCUCAGAAGGAUGCAGAGUCCGUGUCCUCCGCCCUCCAGAAGAGCGGCAUCGUGGCGUACCCGUACCACGCCAACAUGGACCCGGAGGACAAGUCCCGAGUCCACCGGAAAUGGACCUCCAACAAGAUUCAGGUCGUCGUGGCCACGGUGGCGUUCGGUAUGGGCAUCGACAAACCCGACGUCAGGUUCGUCAUCCACCACACCAUCAGCAAGUCCAUCGAGAACUAUUACCAGGAGAGCGGCCGAGCAGGUCGAGACGACCGUCCGGCAGACUGCAUCGUCUACUUUGGCUUUGGCGACAUCUUCAGGAUCAGCACCAUGGUGGUGAUGGAGAACGUUGGUCAGCAGAAGCUGCUGCAGAUGGUGGACUUCUGCCAGAAUGUGGACAGGUGUCGGCGCUCUCUGAUGGCUGUUCACUUUGAUGAGGUCUGGGACGAGGAAGACUGUAACCAGAUGUGUGACACCUGCAGACACCCAGCAGGAUACACCACCCUGGAUGUAAGCCAGCAUGCACGGCAGGUGGUGCAGAUUGUGGAGCUGGCCACGUCCAUGGAUGAGAGGCUGACCCCCCUGAAGCUGGUGGAGGCGUGGAGGGGGCGGGGCCCGGCCAAGCGCAGGAAGAUGAUCCAGACCACAGAGCUGCCUCGGAGGCAGGCUGAAGCCGUGAUCGUCUUCCUGCUGCUGCAGGGAUACCUGAGAGAGGACUUCAGCUUUACUCCGUACACCACGUACUUCUACGUGAAGCUGGGCCGCAAAGCUCCUCUGCUGAAGAACCAAACUCACAAGCUGACCAUGAAGAUGAAGACGUCCGGAGCAGAGCGUGUGUCCGAUCUGUCGGCGGUAGAAUCCAGAGAGAUGGAGGAGCCCCUCCCCCAUCACAAAGUAGUGAAGGAGCAGAUGAACAUGAGCAGGAAACAAGACCUGCAACCCAGCCGCCAGACCGAUCAGAUUCCGGGGGCGUUCAGACCACCUAAGGGGGCGGGGCAGACGGCGGCAGACACCGAGAAACCAGGUUCGCAUGAAAUCAAAUCCGGUUCCAAAAACAAAACCCCCUCCAGGAGGAAAGGGACCCACCAAUCCCCUGCUAGGAGUUCUGCCCCCACCCCCACUAGGUCCAGCUGUCCGUCACAGGCCUCCAUCAUCUCCGACACGGCGGCGGAGGAGCUCCACCACCUCAGGAAGUUCUACAGCCAGCAGCUGCGCAGGAUAGACCAGGCUUCCCUGGAACAGCUGGGUGCCCCUCGAGAGCUGGGUGUGCUGUCCUGCAUUCGGGGACCCCUGAGGAGCCUGCGCCUCCCCUGCAGCACCAGCAUCACCCAGACGGCCCGCAGCCUGUGGACACGGGUCAGCGGCAGGAGGCGGCUGCAGUAGACUCCGACGUUCUCCUGCUGCCUUCUUACACCGACCUGAAUAAAAUCUGCAGUCUGAGGUGUUUGAGUCUGUCUGAACAGGUGAAGAUUAAAGAGAGGUCAACAAUAUGACGCUGUAAUAACCAAAACGGUUAGUGUGAGUAAAAACUCAAUUCUGAUUGGCUGCAUGGUGUCUGUUCAGUAAAGGUGUUAUCAGAAAUGAGUGGAGGAUGUUGAGGCGUGGGGUUGCUUCUGUUACGUUAUUAGUUUGAAAUAAAGAGGAUGAUGAGUAGA